CCUACAUUAUAAAUAUAUUGAAAUCACAAUCAAAAUCAUCAACAUUGGGUCAAGAGAAGAGACAUUUUCCUCAUAUUCUCUUGUGUCAAGUACUUUGAUAAAGAUGGAUGAGAAAAACUCUCCAAAUAACUACAAAUGCUUCUGGUGCAUAUGAUGAUGAUGGGAGAGCCAAAAGGACUGGGACUUUAAGAAGUGCUGUGGCUCAUAUCAUCACUGCUGUCAUUGGUUCUGGUGUUCUGUCUCUUGCCUGGAGUACUUCUCAACUAGGAUGGAUUGGUGGGCCAGUUGCUUUGCUUUGCUUUGCAAUUGUCACCUAUGUUUCUUCAUUCCUCAUGUCUGAUUGUUAUAGAUACCCUGAUCCUGUCACUGGGAAAAGAAACUACUCAUACAUAGCUGCUGUUAGAGCCAAUCUUGGUGAGAGAAGAACAUGGCUGGCUGGUUUCCUUCAAUUUUUGACCUUGUAUGGAACUAAUAUCGCUUAUGUACUCACAACAGCAAAUAGUCUCAGAGCCAUUCUGAAAUCAAAUUGUUAUCACAAGGAAGGGCACCAGGCUCCUUGUAAUUAUGGGGGUAGUUUGUAUAUGGUGUUGUAUGGACUUGUUCAGAUUCUAGUGUCAUGCAUUCCAGAUCUCCAAAACAUGGCAUGGCUUUCAGUUGUUGCUGCAAUUAUGUCCUUUACAUACUCAUUCAUUGGACUAGGACUUGGCAUAGCAACUGUCAUAGAAAAUGGAAGAAUUAUGGGGAGCCUAACUGGAGUACCAGCUGCUAAUAUUGGUGACAAGUUAUGGUUAGUCUUCCAAGCACUUGGUGACAUAGCCUAUGCCUACCCUUACUCAAUAAUCCUUCUUGAGAUACAGGACACUCUAGAGUCUCCUCCACCAGAAAAUCAAACGAUGAAAAAGGCCUCCAUGAUUUCAAUCAUCAUUACAACAUUCUUCUACCUCUGUUGCGGAGGCUUUGGAUAUGCUGCUUUUGGAAAUGCUACCCCAGGAAACCUCUUGACUGGAUUUGGGUUUUACGAGCCUUACUGGCUGGUGGACCUUGCCAAUGCUUGCAUUAUUCUUCACUUGGUGGGAGGAUAUCAGAUUUUCUGCCAGCCAAUAUAUAGUGUUGUUGAAAGAUGGGCUUCAAGAAAAUUUCCCGACAGUGACUUUGUGAAUAAUUUCUAUAAACUGAAACUGCCUCUUUUGCCAAGUUUUCAGCUGAAUAUGUUCAGGUUCUGUUUCCGAACAAUCUAUGUGAUUUCAACCACAGGAGUUGCAAUCUUGUUCCCUUACUUCAACCAAGUAUUAGGAGUGUUAGGAGCCAUAAGCUUCUGGCCAUUGAAUAUAUAUUUUCCGGUGGAGAUGUACUCUGCGCAGAAGCAAGUUGGUCAUUGGACAAGAAAAUGGGUUGUUCUCAAGGCAUUUAGCUUUGCUUGCUUUCUUGUCACAGUAGUGGGCCUCAUCGGGUCACUUGAAGGAAUCAUAAAAGAAAAACUUGGAUGAAAGAUGAAAGGUCGGGUGUGUUUAGGUGUCACUUGAGUUUAACAUCCCACUUUCAUCUUAUUUCAUAAAAAUCUAUUUUUUAACUUUCUGUCUUGAAAAGUGUGAUGGAAUAGGAUUAUAAGUUUCUAAAUUGAUUGUAUAAUAUUUUUGGCAGCGACUAGCAUGGACCAGGUUUACCAUGGACUACUUAUCUUAUUGUAGUGCUAUGAUGAUUCUGAAAUACUAUGUUUUGUUGAAAGUA